AUGGAAGAUGUCACAGGAAUGACUAAAGUUAUGUUGGCAGAAGCACCGUCCACAUACUCUCACAGUGUGAGGAACAGCACCAGGGUGACUGAGUUCAUUCUGACAGGGCUAUCCCAUAAGCGUGAAAUCCAGCUUUUCCUCUUUGCCCUCUUCCUCAUUUUCUACAUGAUUGUCCUGCCAAGCAACAUCUUGAUUAUCAUCACAAUCCGGGGUGACCCACAUCUCAGCUCACCUAUGUACUUCUUGUUAGCCAACCUGGCUUUCUUAGACAUCUGGUAUUCCUCCAUCACCGCCCCCAAGAUGCUGGUUGACUUCUUCGCUGAGCGCAAGAUCAUUUCCUUUGGGGGCUGCAUUGCGCAGCUCUUCUUCCUCCAUUUUGUGGGCGCCUCCGAGAUGUUUCUGCUCACCGCCAUGGCCUAUGAUCGGUAUGUUGCCAUCUGCCGACCCCUUCGCUACACCACCAUGAUGAGUCGGCAGUUGUGCAUCAUCCUGGUGAUAGCUUCUUGGACUGGGGGCUUUGUCCACUCCAUCAUCCAAGUUGCGCUGAUCCUCCAUCUCCCAUUCUGUGGCCCCAACGAACUGGACAACUACUUCUGCGAUAUCACCCAGGUAUUGAGGAUUACAUGUGCCAACUCCUUUGCUGAGGAGAUGGUGAUGAUCUUCAGCAGUGGCCUCAUCUCUGUGGUCUGCUUCAUUGCCCUCUUGGUUUCCUACGCCUUCCUGCUGACCAUGUUGAAGAAGACCCCUGGUGAGUCCACCAGCAAAGCUUUUUCCACCUGCUAUACCCACAUUACCAUCGUCGUUUUCAUGUUUGGUCCUGCCAUUUACAUCUACGCCCGACCCUUUGAUGAAUACGCACCAGACAAAAUCGUCUCUGUCUUCCACACUAUCAUCUUUCCCCUCCUCAACCCCAUGAUCUACACCCUUAGGAAUAAGGAAAUCACGACUGCCAUGAAGAAGGUGGUCAACAGGCGCCUCCUUUGCAAGACAAACUGA